AUGAGACUCUCAUUGCUAGCACUCUGCUCUGCGCUUGUCGUUGCAGCUGCGAGUGCACACAUACCCAGCCUCAAUGAGGCAUCUCCAUCGUCCUCAUCGCUGCUAUCUGCACGACCCGAUUCGGUGAGGUCUUCCGUGUCUUCCGCAGGCGACAUAUCAUUACACAAACGAAUGGAGGAUGUCGAGGUGGAAGAGAUUGAUGUCGAAGUGGACGAAGGAGAGGAUGACCAAGAGUACGACAACGCUGCUUCUGAAGGCAGCACGCUCGAGCAGCGGAAUCAACAUGAUAAAAAGACGCACCAUCGCUCGGACAAACAAGCUGGACGUCGCCGCAAAUCGCAUAACCGUCAUAAACACCACGACAACCGUAAACGCCCCUCGAAAGGCACAUUUAGUGGCAAAGGUACCUUUUUCAAGCCCAAUCAGGGUUCUUGUGGAAAAUGGAACACGGCCAACGACAAGAUUGUAGCGCUGUCCAAGGACAUCUAUCAAGGCGGAUCGCACUGCUUUAAGAGGGUCAAGGUCUGUCACGGUGCGAGAUGCGCCGACGCGACGGUGGCGGAUUUGUGCCCGGGCUGCAAGCCUACCAGCUUGGAUAUGACACCUUCGCUGUUUAAACAGUUGGCGAGUUUGGAGGCUGGAGUGAUUGAUAUCAAGUGGUCUUUCGUAUAG